GGUGGGCACUGAUUGGCCGAUUCCUUUUCCGGAAGCUAGGCCGCUUUUCCUUCCUUCUCGGAUUGUGUGGGCAGGGUGGCCGCCAUGAGCCGCCGAGUCUCGGUCAGCGACUGCUUGAGGGACUGGGAGGAGCUGCAGGACGGCUUCCAGCGGGUCCAGGAGACUCACCGGCUCUACAAGCAAAAGUUGGAGGAGUUGACCAAGCUCCAAGAUGGCAUCUCCAGCUCUAUCUCGAGACAGAAAAGGCAGCUGAAGGAGCUCUCGCUUGCCCUCAAAAAGUGCAAGACUUCUCUUACUGACCAGGAGGCCAAAGAGAAAAGCCCUGCCAUCCAGGAGCUGCAAGGCAUGGUCAAAGACCGGCAGGGUGUCUUCUUUGAAAUGGAGGCCUACUUGCCCAAGAAGAACGGGUUGUACCUGAGUCUCGUCCUGGGGAACGUCAACGUCACGCUGCUCAGCAAACAAGCCAAGUUUGCCUACAAAGACGAGUAUGAGAAGUUCAAGCUCUACCUCACCAUCAUCCUUCUCAUCAUCUCCUUCACCUGCCGGUUCCUUCUGAACUCCAGGGUCACGGACGCCGUCUUCAACUUCCUCCUGGUCUGGUAUUAUUGCACUCUGACGAUCCGGGAAAGCAUCUUGAUCAACAACGGCUCCAAGAUUAAAGGCUGGUGGGUUUUCCAUCACUACAUCUCCACCUUCCUCUCUGGAGUCAUGCUGACCUGGCCAGACGGACUCAUGUACCACAAGUUCCGGAAUCAGUUCCUCACCUUCUCCAUGUACCAGAGUUUUGUCCAGUUUCUCCAGUAUUACUACCAAAGUGGUUGCCUGUACCGGCUGAGAGCGCUGGGCGAGCGGCACAACAUGGACCUCACUGUGGAGGGUUUCCAGUCCUGGAUGUGGCGCGGCCUCACCUUCCUGCUCCCCUUCCUCUUCUUCGGCCAGUUCUGGCAACUGUACAAUGCCAUCACUCUUUUCCAACUGGCCAGGCAUCCAGAAUGCAAAGAAUGGCAGGUCCUGAUGUGCGGCCUCCCCUUCUUCAUCCUCUUCGCCGGCAACUUCUUCACCACUUUGCGGGUCGUCCACCAGAAGUUCCAAGACAAGGCCCAGAAAGCAGAGUGAGGACGAUGGGAAGCCAAAUACCUGCCCUAUUCCGUCCCAGUUUGUUGCGCGCUGGCCCUGAGGUCUUAGCGUCCUGAAAAGCCAGGCCUUGAGGAUUGUGGACAAAGGCCUGUGACCCUCGUUCGGACACUACUCUUUCUCUGAAAAAACCCAAUUCCAGGACUGGGGCCAGUCUAAUGUGAGAGCAUUGGGACCAUUUGUCUGAACUGGGAUCCCAAGGGAAAGUUGUCUUAUCUCCCCUGCUCUGGCUUAAGGCCCGUGGCUACAUAUACUGCCAUCCUCAGAGCCCCAAAAGGUUUUGAUAUUCCGCUCGGGCCGAAGUCAGGUAUCUGGAAACGGUACUGUUUUGAAUGUUGUUUGCGUCCGUUGUGUGUCUUGAGUGCCGCCUUGAAAGAGCUGGCUUGUGUCUACAAGCAACUCUGGUCUACGAAUGUACUCCUUGUUGUUCCGUUCAUGUAUCCGUAUAUAUGUGUAUAUAUAUAUAUUGCCAUUUGGGAAAAUAAAGAAAAGGGAAAUGC